CAGUCACCUGCAACCAGAGCCAGGACUGAUAGUAGUUAAGUGGUAUCCAGGCAAAGUAACAGGUACAGGGGACCCUGCACAGCAGGUGAUUUUUCCCCUCCACCCAGUGGAAUUUACAAGAGAAGAAUUUGUCAGAGGCUCAGAGAGAAAGACCAGAGGGAGUCUAAAGGUAAAUGCAACAAUGAGCCAGUCAGGAUCUGUCAACAAACAGGGAUCUGUAAAUGGGGUACGGAUGAGUGCAAAAGAUCUGUUUGAACAGAGAAAGAAAUAUUCUAACUCCAACGUCAUCAUGCAAGAAACAUCACAGUAUAACGUGGAGCAUCUGGCCACGUUUUUAAUGGAUAAGAGUGACGCUGUCGGCACAGUGGAUGAUGCCAUCAAACAGUUGUUUCAGUUGGAGUCCAAAGGCAAAAUCUGGGCCCAAGAAAUGAUUUUGCAGGUCACAAACAACAAUAUCAGGCUGCUGGACAGUGUGACACAGGAAGAGCUGGAGAACUUUCCUUUGCCUAUUGUCCAACACUGCCAGAACGUGUCAGGCCCUCAACGCUACCCACACGUCUUAUUUUUGGUGUGUCAGGAUGCCGACCAGCCCAAGCCUGACAUGCACUUCUUUAACUGUGAAAUGGAGGCCGAGGUCAUUCAUGCCGACAUAGAGAGCGCUCUAGCAGAUAUAAAGUACGGCAAGAAGAUGCGACCGCAGACACUCAAGAUUAACCAGGAGAAAAUAAAGCAAAGGGACUCCAUUUUGCCUCCUGCCACUGCCCCUAAGCCUACCAGAGACAACAGAAACAGGGUGAUGAACCCGCCUCCACCCAUUGAUAUUGAAUACGACCGAAGAAGCAACGUCUCCCAGGAGCCCGAGGAGCCUCGAGAGGUUUUGGCACAAAAAAUUGAAAAAGACACACAAGUUCUAAAUUGCACAUUGGAUGACAUAGAAUUCUUUGUAGCCAAGCUCCAAAAAGCAGCGGAAGCAUUCAAACAGCUCAACCAGAGAAAGAAAGGGAAGAAAAAUAAAAAGAAAGGACAUGCAGAGGGAGUCCUGACAUUACGGUCAAAGCCACCAACAGAAUCAGAAUUUAUUGACUGUUAUCAGAAGAUCAAGUUGGCCAUUAACCUCUUGGCUAAGUUAAGAAAACACAUACAAAAUCCAAGUUCUGCAGAGCUGAUUCACUUUCUGUUUGGCCCCUUGGAACUGAUAAUUCAGAGCUCUGGAGGUCCAGAACUUGGUAGGUCCAUCUUGGCUCCAUUGUUAUCCAGAGAUGCUACUGACUUCUUAAAAGGCCAUCUGACACCAAAAGAGAUGUCCAUAUGGGAGGUUCUGGGAGAAAGGUGGACUAAAUCCAGGGCGGAAUGGCCUAGGGAGCCUCCAGUUCCACUGUACAUCCCUAAAUUUAACAAUGGUUGGAUACCUCCAGUGGAGAUCUUCCAGGGAGCACCCUGGGAAACGGAGGCGCACCCACCAGAGCCCAAACCCAGGAUACAGGAAGAGGCUUCCACUGCUAAUGGCAAUCCGUACAGGACAAAUUCUUUCAAACAGCCUCACCCAGAUAAAGAUCUCAGCACCAGCCCUCAGAUGAAUAGAAAUUAUGAAGCUCCAGUGCCGGCCCAGCCACAAAAGUUAGCCAAAAUCCGCUAUGACUUCACUGCUCGCAAUGCCAAUGAGCUUUCGGUUCUGAGAGAUGAAGUUCUGGAGGUGCUGGAGGACAACAAACAGUGGUGGAAAUUGAGAAACAGGAUUGGACAAGAAGGUUACGUUCCAUAUAACAUCCUUGAUAUAGUGUCAACGGAUGAAGCCUCCAGCCCAGAUGGGACUUAUGGAACAAACAAUGGAAAAUACAGAGAUGAUAUGAGUCCACGGGGUGUAGGUCCUUCCAGUCCAGUCUACAAACUUCCCAGCACCUUUUCAGGAGACAAGUGGUCGACCAACCCAAAUAACAAGGAACAGUUAAUUCACCACAUGGAUGAAGUGAAUGACGAGCUUUUAAAGAAGAUCUCAACUAAUCAGCCAGCCAAGAGGAACUUCAAAGUAGAGAAGCCUCAGGCAAUGUAUGUCCCCUUGAACUAUCAGUCAGACCCAGAAGAGGUCAAAGUCUGGCUGGAGGCCAAGGGAUUUAGUCAAGGGACGGCUUCGCAGCUGGGUAUCCUAAAUGGGGCACAGCUUUUCUCUCUGAACAAGGAAGAGCUGAAGAAAGUCUGUGGCGAGGAGGGAGCGAGGGUUUACAGUCAGGUGGCUGUCCAGAAAUCACAGUUAGAGAAAAGUCGAGGGGACACAGAACUGCAGGAAAUCAUGAGGAGGCGCCAAGAAAGGAGCGAGUCUAGCAACUAACACUUUAUUCCUCCGCAUCCCCAUUUUUUUUUAAAAAAAAAAAGAAAAAAUUCCUCCAAAACUUUCGCAUCCGGGGAAAUCCGUGAA